AUCCAGGUGAUAAGAGGUAAUGUCAUAGUUAAGUGAUUGAACUUUUCCGGCUGCAUUUUAUUGGUGUUUUUUACUGAGAAAAAGACAAUGUUUGUAGGAAUUAGAAUAGUGAUAGUGUUAAUUGUGAUCAGUUCCGUGUCCUGCACGUUGACGCCCAAUUCGAAGAGUCAGAAAGGAAGUAAAACCGGCGAGUUGAAGGUCCGCAAAGGUCCAGUCAAUAAUCCUCGAGAUCUUGUCCGGGAGGAGCCAAGUGCUAAGGAGAUUCUCAAGGAAAAUGGUGCUUACUACUAUAAUACAUCGAUUAAGAACUUCAAGGGAACCGUCCUGGCAUUUGUUACCCCGUGGAAUAGCUUAGGGUAUGAGGUUGCGGAGACCUUUGCCCCAAAAUUCGAUGUUGUUGCGCCGGUUUGGCUCCAAAUCCUCCGGAAGGGAGACAAACAGUACAAACUGGGCGGAAUGCAUGACAUUGAUGAGAUGUGGAUGAAGGAAAUUAAGAGGAACAGCGAUUAUAGGACCAAAAUUACACCAAGAGUUCUGUUUGAUAAAUUCAAAGAUGAGGAUUUUUCGAAGCUCCUUGCGUUCCAGGAGGAGAGAAAAAUAGUGUCACGGAUCAUUCUCAAUGCAUGCGAUACUUAUCGUUUUGAUGGGAUUGUCCUGGAGAUAUGGGCUACAUUAGCUCUUCGGAUGGAUGAUCCUUUUCUCUAUAAUCUCGUGAUUGAUAUUGCUACGCCUCUGUUGGAGCAGAAAUUCCAUGUCUAUCUGGCCGUUCCUCCGGUCAGGGAUCACCUCAAUAACUUAUUUACGCCACAGAACUUUGAGUAUUUGUACAAUUAUGUGAGCGGAUUCACGAUAAUGACGUACGAUUACUCAAAUGCACAGAGACCAGGACCAAAUGCCCCAAUAAAAUGGGUGAGGGAUUCAAUUGAAUACAUCUGCCCAAAGACACUGCGCAAUUACAAGGAGAUGCGAAAGAAACUACUGCUGGGACUCAAUUUCUACGGGAACGACUUUACACCGGAAGGAGGUGGCCCAAUUGUUGGGCAUGAGUAUCUAAGACUUUUAAAAUUUGUAAAUGGAAGACUGCAACUCGAUGAAAAUGAUGCGGAAAAUUUCUUCGAAGUUAAAACGCCUACAGGACGUCAUAUAGUAUUCUAUCCAACGCUCUAUUCCAUUCAGAAACGCAUUGAACUUGCCGAAGAACUUGGCACCGGGCUUUCCAUCUGGGAAAUCGGACAGGGACUUAAUUACUUCUAUGAUUUACUCUAAGCACAAUUUCUCUAUUCCUUUUGUUACAGUGUUACAGAGCCGAGAGAUCAAUAAAGCUUUUAUUUCAGUUUA